AUGGCAGAAUUCUCUCAGACUUACCUGCCGGCUCGACCAUCGAAGCUCGCGUUCGGGAAACGUCUUUCUCACAAGUUCAAGCCAAAGAAAGGGAGAACCAAGCAGUCGAUAACCGAGUCUUCUACCUUCACGCCUGAUGCCAGUCAUCCUCCAGUUGCACUGCCAGUGUCUUGCGCGCGAGAACCAUAUAUGGCUGACCACGUGCGCACGCGCCGGAUUACGUCACAGCCCGCCCCACGAUCGCUUCUGAAGGCUCGUCCACAAACACAACAAAGCGAAGUUGUCCAGCCUGCAAGAAGUCUCAGCAUCGCUUCGCUUGUGCUUCCCGAGCCACAUCUUGUAUACCCAAUCUCCGCGCAACCAUCUUCGUACGAUCCUUUACAGUCGGAUGAACAAGGCGACGUGCCCCGGAUACAUAGGAAGGAACCUCCACAGUUGACAGUGAGAGACGCACUCACCGAGCAGUGGGGGAAGCUGCGACUGCCCAAUGUGCCAGUUGCACCUGCCGACUUGUCAACAUCUAGUAGUGCAACAAACUUCUCACUUCCCCUCCAAUCUUCCACCUCAACCAAGACCGUAGCCGCCAAAGCAGCAUGGAACAGAAUGGCGGUCUCAAAUCCCAUCUUGCCGAGCUUCCGAGAGGAGCCGCGUUCACAAACGUCACAGCCGGGUGUGAACCGCCCUCAUCAGGGCCAGACACGUAGCGAACCCAUAAUGAUCGACGAUGACAAUGAACUUGAUGCGACUGCAGGCUCGAACCGCCCUGGAGGCAAUUUCGAAAACACAAACUUCUUCCAGUCAGGCGGAUUAUCACGACAGUCGCUGAAUCGACGACGAACUCGAAAGGCGAGGUUUCUACGAAUGAGGCCUGAUCACCGAUGUCAAAGUCCUGAUUCAUCGAGCAGUGGCUCUGAAGAUAUGCUAACACCCGGUAGCUCGGACAGCUCAGAGAGUUCGGAGUUUGACCUUGCAGCUCGUGUUGCGCAAAUCGAGAACCAGAACCCAAUCCGAGCUAUUAGAUGUACACACGGGCGGGGGUUUUCGCGGGGAGAUACAGAUUACGGAGCUCAAGAAGAGGAAGACCGUCUGUUGGCUGAGCGUCUGCAACGGGAAGAGGAUGCGACCUAUCGAACGACAGCUUCGCGCAUUGCGGAAGAGUCUGAAUCAUCUGCACCUCGAGCUGCGUCUCCUCAGGUACCGUCUCAAAAGAGUGGACGAUUGGCCAGUUUGCGGCGGGCAAUCACCAACAUCGGCACACGAGAGCAUCCUAUCGAUCUAGACCCCGAACCCGACGAGCCCAAAGUUGUUGUUCCCGAAAGGGCGCGAAUCCAAGACUAUGUGGCGCUGUAUGGAGAGCCUAUGGAUAUUGAUGGUGUAUCGCCUUUCCAUCAAUACAACGCAAGGCCGGUCGAUACGCCACAGACGACGAGCACCUACGUAGAUGAGAGGACGCAUCUGCGGAGUCGUGAUUGCGUCGUCUGCGGCGAUAGCGUUCAUGUUGUCGACCUACCCUCUCUUGCUGAAUGCGAUCAUCGACCGGAAACGUGUGCGGACUGUUACUCAGGAUGGAUAACCGCGCAGCUCCAAAGCAGUAGCUGGCGCGAAGCCAAAUGUCCAGGGAGCAAAUGCGAGACAGUGCUGUCAUACCAUGAGAUCCGGCUAUACGCGCAACCGGAGAUCUUCCAGCAAUACGACACAUUCAUCGCCCGAGCAGCUUUCAGCGAAGAUCCCAACUUCCGAUGGUGUCGAGCGUGUGACUCCGGUCAGAUCCACAUGAGCGGUGUCGAAGGCAAUAUCUUCACAUGUGUAGCAUGUGGACACAAAGUCUGUAUCAUCCACGAGAACACAUGGCACGAAGGCGAAACUUGUGAGGAGUUUGAAUAUCGAUCUUCCGGUCGGAAGGAGCGAGACCAGAGAGCACAAGAAGAAGCGAGUCUUCAAGCGAUCGGGAAACUGACCAAGAAGUGUCCCGGUCCUGGAUUAGCCAUGUCAAUGCGAGUGACGCGGUCGCAGGCCGGCAAGACGCCCCAAAAGCCUGACCGUCCUGGCUUUGUCGAGACCCCCGGGCGCAGAAAGUCGCAACGCAAAUCGCUUGCGUCUGAUGUCGACGACGGAUACGAAUCAACGCCCGAGCCAGAGAACUUCUUGAAGCCUCUCCGGUCUGGCGACAGCGACGUCAAGCACGAAGUCGAGGAAAAGAGCAAUGGCCAUGCCAACGGAAACGGACACGCCAACGGCUACACGAAUGGACACACGAAUGGAAACGCAAACGGGCGCACAAAGAGCGAAAAGGAGAUCGUCGAGCUGGACUACAAGAUGGAGGCGGAAAAGUUCUUCUCGCCAAAGGACAAGUCCGGUCUGCACGAGUUCGGAGGCGCCAUUGGCAUGAGCAGUAUGAUGAUCUGCUUCCCAGCGCUCAUGUACUACAUGUGGAUUGGAGCGACCUUCUACGACGGCAAAUUCCCUACACCGACCGCGGGCCAGAGCUACGGCGACUUCUUUGGACACAUGUGGUAUCUGGUAAAGACUGAGGCGUUCCCGAACAACAAAGCGUGGCAGAUCUACUGGUUCUUCGGACUCAUGCAGAUGGCCUUCUACUUGCUCAUGCCGGGUGUCUACCGCAAGGGCAAGGCUCUGCCUCAUCUUGGCGGAAAGCAGUUGGACUACUACUGCUCGGCCAUGUGGUCCUUCUACUCCAGCAUUGUCAUCAUGUUGACCCUACACUUCACUGGUGUCUUCAAGCUGUACACUCUCAUUGACGAGUUCGGCCACAUCAUGAGCGUAGCCAUCCUCUCAGGCUUCCUCUGCUCGACAAUCGCAUACGUCUCAGCUCGCGUCCGCGGCGCCGACCUUCGGAUGACUGACAACCCCAUUGUCGACUUCUUCCUUGGUGCGGAGCUCAACCCUAGACUGUUCGGUAUUCUGGACUUCAAGAUGUUCCUCGAGGUCCGCAUUCCGUGGUUUAUCCUCUUCUUCCUUUCGCUCGGUACCUGCUUAAAGCAGUACGAACAGUAUGGCUACGUAUCCAUAGAAGCCAUCUUCCUGCUCUUUGCCCACUACCUGUAUGCCGGCGCCUGCGCAAAGGGAGAGCACCUCAUCAUCACAACCUGGGACAUGUACUACGAGAAACUCGGCUUCAUGCUCAUCUUCUGGAACAUGGCUGGUGUACCCCUGUCGUACUGCCACUGCACCCUAUUCAUUGCCAACCACCACCCUUCCGAAUACCAACUCCCGACCUGGUUUACCGCCCUCCUCACCCUUGCCUACCUUGGCGUCUACUACAUCUGGGACACGACCAACUCGCAAAAGAACCAGUUCCGUCAAGAGGAGCGUGGUGUUGUCGACGAGCGCACUACCUUCCCCUACUUCAAGUACGGACGCAUCGCCAACCCCAAGACCAUCCAGACAUCGCACGGCAACAAGAUUCUGGCUGACGGCUGGUACGGCAAGGCGCGCAAGAUUCACUACACGUGCGAUCUGUUCUUCGCAAUUAGCUGGGGUCUUAUUACCGGCUUCAGCAGCCCGUUCCCAUGGUUCUACUCUGUGUUCUUUGCGGGUAUGAUCAUUCACAGGGCGCUGAGAGACAUUGAGAAGUGCCGGGAGAAGUACGGCGAGGCCUGGAAGGAGUACGAGAGGCAGGUGCCUUAUUUGUUCAUUCCGUACGUGUUUUAA